CUUUCUUUGACACCACCACAAUGACACAUUGGAGACGCCUUACCUUACUCUCAGCCCAUCUAUCAAACCUGGUCCAAGGUCUCUCGUUCAUAUGGCGCUGAUAGGCACCUCGGCCACACGUCAGAUGGAACGCACACGAGAAAGACGACUCCUUCCUGAGUUUCCAUUGCUACCUUACCCGCUCUGACCGUGCCUUCCCCUCCACUGCUAGAGCGGUCAACUGGGGCAGCUCCUUCCUGCCUGUGCCUUUUUGCCAGUAAUCUCCUGCCUCCUGACAUCAAAGGUGCCGUGGCGCGUGUGAGGUGCCUUCCCCCAAAUUCUCACCUGCUGCGUACCCCGUACCCGUCCCGUCCCAUUCGGGCGUUGGCGCCACCUUCCUUAGCUCUGCACAUCUUCUCCCUGAGUCCCUCCUUCCAUCGUCUCACACCUCACACACCCAUCAUCCGUGGACGCGCUUUCCCGUUUGCCAUCCACGCCCCCGGCUGCCGGCUUCUUUCCUUCGCACCUAAGGUAUCCGUCCAUCUGCACCUGCCCUGCGUCUGAACAUUGAGCCUUCAAAGGUACUCGAUUAUUAAGGUAUUUUUAUAUGCAAAAAGAAACACUCGACACUGUUUGCUCUUGCCAUCUUCCAAUCUUGUCCUGUCUUCCCGUAUCACGGUUUCGUCAGCGGCGAUAAACAAAUUGGCGUAUCCGGUACUUUACCUUACUUCGCUACUAUCUUUCUUCUCUUUCCCCUCCAUCAACACCCUUCCUCCAUCUUCAUCAUCUCCAAGUCAACAAAUCAACCCUGGCUACCCUAGCACGCCUAGCUACGGAUACCACCUCCAUCAUCCUCACACCCUCCACCCGACUUCCUCCCAGUCUCCGCUCCCCCUUGUCAUCUUUUUCGCACCCGCCACGCCUCACCCUGGCACGUCGGGACCGCGACCUUGACCAAAGCUCCACCCACGAUCAUCGCCCAGUGCAACUGCAACCUGCAGCCCGAUAAACCGUCCCAUAAAGAAGCUGCACACCUCCCCCGGGACCCUUCUUCUAGCCUUUGCUCGCCCGUCUCAUUCUUUCAGUCCAGUCUUUCCAGACCACAACUCAUCGAACCGAGCCUUGCGCCUGCGCUACUUUGGGCCACCAUCACCCAUCGUCUGGCACGAUUGAGUUUCCAGUCUGCGACACUUUGAGAGAGAGAGAAGCACCAAGCGGCAGCCACACACCACCGGCCCCAAUCCCUCCCGUCCCGCCAAGGCGCAACGCCGCUCCGUCAACCUCAACGUCUAUCCUCUGAACCUCUCCACCUCGUCAACUCCACACCACCGCCAAGAUGUCUUCUGUCGACGAGAAACACGCUCCCGAGCCCGCGGCUGCGGCCGAUGUCGAGCCCGUCACCGCCGCCCCGACAACAACCGCUAUUGACGGCCCCGUUCCCCGCCCUGCCGGCUUCAUGUACCGUGGCUUCCGGAUUGGUGGCAAGGAGCUCUGGUACGCUUCACCCCGCAUCCAGCUCUUCAUGGUCUCCUUCGUCUGCUUCCUCUGCCCCGGAAUGUUCAAUGCUCUCGGUGGUCUCGGUGGCGGCGGUCAGGUUUCCACAAAGGCCUCCAACGAUGCCAACACGGCCUUGUACUCUACCUUUGCCGUCGCCGCCUUCUUCGCCGGUACCUUUGCCAACCGUCUCGGUCUCCGUCUGACUCUCAGCUUGGGCGGCUUGGGCUACUGCAUCUACGCCGCCUCGUUCCUGUCCUACUCUCACAACCAGAACGAAGGCUUCGUCAUUUUCGCCGGUGCCUUCCUCGGCGUGUGCGCUGGUCUCUUGUGGACUGGCCAGGGUGCCAUCAUGAUGUCUUACCCCUCUGAGAAGGAAAAGGGACGCUACAUCUCUUGGUUCUGGAUGAUCUUCAACCUCGGCGCUGUCAUCGGUGCUCUUAUCCCCCUUGGUCAGAACAUCAACACCACCUCGCGAAGCACUGUUACUGACGGCACCUACGCCGCCUUCAUUGUUCUCAUGCUGCUCGGUGCCAUUCUUGCUCUCUUCAUGUGCGAUGUGCCCAAGAUCAUUCGUGAGGACGGCUCCAAGGUUAUCGUCAUGAAGAACCCUUCUUGGCAGUCUGAGUUCAAGGGCUUGUGGGAGACCCUGGCUCAAGACCCGUGGAUCAUCCUUCUGUUCCCCAUGUUCUUCACCUCCAACGUCUUCUACACCUACCAGACCAACGACAUGAACGCCCCUCACUUCAACACCCGCACUCGCUCGCUCAACAACCUGUUGUACUGGUCCUCCCAGAUUAUCGGUGCUCUCAUCUUUGGCUAUGCCCUUGACUUCCCCAAGGUCCGCCGUAGCGUGCGCGCAAAAGCUUCCUACAUUACGCUUUUCGUCUUGACCAUGGCCAUCUGGGGCGGUGGAUACGCAUGGCAGAAGAAGCAGGCUCCUCGCGGCGAGAUUGAGGGCAACUUGGACUACCCCACCAUUGACUGGACCGACGGCGGUGAGGCCUACAUUGGCCCCAUGUUCUUGUACAUGUUUUACGGAUUCUUCGAUGCCUGCUGGCAGACGAGCAUCUACUGGUACAUGGGUGCCCUUUCCAACUCUUCCCGCAAGGCUGCCAACCUGGCUGGUUUCUACAAGGGUAUUCAAUCCGCCGGCGCUGCCGUCUUCUGGCGUCUCGAUGGUGUCCAAACCGAGUACAACACCAUUUUCGGCGCUACCUGGGGUUGCCUUGCUGGUGCCCUCGUUAUCGGUGCGCCCAUCAUCUUCUUGAAGAUCAAGGACACUGUCACCGUCGAGGAGGAUCUCAAGUUCUCUGACGAGACCAUUGCGGACGUUGCUGCUCCGGGAACGGUUGACACUAAGUUGGAGAAGGAGGUCGCGUAAGCUGUUUUGCUGAAGCGAAACUGGGGCCGAUGCCUGCAUGAUAUCCACGGGAGUUGCGGGGGAUUUUACGCUGACGAGGGAUGAAGAUACCAUGAUGUGCUAUGCGCAUUGGAUGUUGUAAUGUUGGAUUAGGUCCGUUUAUAUGUAAUGACAAGGCUUUAUCAAGUCACACCAUCUUUCAAUAGCAAGCCGAUGAUCAUCUGCUGCAAGCUUUAUUGAUCUAUUUGUUUGGUCUAUCAUGAUGCAGCGUUCGCCUCAUAC